AUGUUGUUAAUGCAAGUCCCUAAAGAAAUUCAUUUAUUGAUUAUAGAAUCAAUUUUAGAAUCUUCCGAUUCCGUGAACGAUUUUAUACCCUUAUUAUUUACAUGUCGUCACUUCGCAAACCUUUGUCUCUACGAGAUAUGGAAAAUAAGACGGAUUAUAGAAUAUCGUUCAUUGAAAAACUUUUAUAAAACACUAACAAAUAAUCCAUUAAUGCCUUACGGAAAUUUCAUAUUAAGAUUGCAAAUGGAUGAAUUAGAUAAUGAUUCAUCAAUUUGUAUUGAUGCUGAAUUACUUAAAUUUUUUUCUGAAAGAUGUAAUAAUCUUCAGGAAUUAAUUUUAAAAUUUUCUCAGAAAAAAAGAAAAAAUAAGACACAUUUACUUCCUUUGAAGUUUCUUGGGGAUCGAUUAAAUUAUUUGUCAAUAGUCAAUUAUGAACAUUUAGAUGAUGUGAAAGCAGAACAGAUGGAGCGUUCUUCGCUGAUUAAUUGUGGACAUCAAAUUUUGAAACAAGUGUAUCAUCAUUAUAAUAAAACAAUUAUUUCUUCCCGUAAAAUUGCGUACAAAUUGCGAGGUAGAUCAAAUAGAGAUUCCAUCGAUUAUAAUGAAACCGAUGAGGCGGAAUAUCAUGAUGCGCUAAGUGAGAUCAUUAAAUUAGGAGCUGUUAAAUGUGUUCGAUUAUAUGAUCCCAAAAUGACUGAACGGGUGUGGGAAAGUUUUACGAGCAGUGCAACAAAUUCUUUGCAAGCUAUUAAAAUAAAAUUGAAUAGUCCAAAAUUUACAACAGAUCCAUCAACGAUUGUAUCAUUAUUUGGACAAUAUUGUAAGAAUUUAAGGUUAUUCAUUGUAGACACAUUUCAAGUAUCCAUCUCAAAAAAGUCCAUGAUGUUUUUAAUGGAAAAUUGUAAAAAAUUAGAAUAUUUAGACAUAUCAGCAUCGAGCGAAACAGUUCCAUUUUUACAUACAUCUAAAUCAAUCAUAUCAAUAUAUUUAUCCCAUGCAAUAAACGGGAAGGAUCUAAAUCAAAUUAAUGAGAGAAUGGAGAAUUUAAAAAGGUUAACCUUUUUAAAAAUUGAAGGUAACAAUAAUUUGCGAUUUUUGAAAAAUUAUCCAAAUUUAGAAUACUUAUCGAUCGUAGAUUUUCGUGAAAUGAAUGAAGAAGGAUUUUUUAAUAUCUCAAAGUUAAAUUUAACCGAAUUAGAAUUAAUUAAAACCCCAAACAUAUCGGAUGAAGUAUUAUUAAGAUUAGGGUCAAUGAGAUCAUUAAUUAAGUUGAACAUUAAAGAUCGUUUAUCUAACGUAACACAAAAAGGUUGGAUUAAUUUAGUUAAAAGACCUGUCGGGUGCCCUUCUUGGCGUAUAAUAACAAUCGAUGAUGGUAGACAAAUUAAUCCCGAAUUUUUUAAAAUAUUAGAAUAUAAACAUCUUAAUUUAGAAUUUUUGAAAAUUAGAGGUUUUAUAUAUGGUAAUCUAUUAAAAGAUGAUACUUUCGAAAAAUCAAAAUUUAAGGAAGCUUGGUGGUAUUAUAAAAUUCAUUCUUCUACACCUCUUGUUUAUUGGCCUAUCGGAUACAAGAAGAAGAAUGCAAAUAAUAGAAUGUUUAUGAAGGAAUAUUAUAAAAUUACUCAUAAUAUCUACUCUAUUUUCAAGCAAGAGGAAGAUAUUUAUUAA